UUACUCAUCGCAGCCAAACCUUAAACUCAAAAAUAAAAAAAAUCCGCCGCCGUCGUCGAUUCAUUCAUCUUCCCCAUACACAUCUCCAAGUACCCGCAAUGGAUAUCGUCUCUCACCUCAACGACCGGCUACUCUUCGCCGUGCCCAAGAAGGGCCGGCUUUACCAGCAAUGCGUCGACCUCCUCAAAGGCGCGGACAUCAAGUUCAACCGCAGCAAUCGUCUCGACAUCGCCCUCUGCACAAACCUGCCUAUCGCCCUCGUGUUUCUCCCCGCAGCAGAUAUCCCCCGAUUUGUCGGCGAAGGUCGCGUCUCACUCGGCAUAACCGGUCAAGACCAAGUCGCUGAGGCGGGCAUCUCCGUCGACGAGGUCUGCAACCUGGGCUUUGGCAGCUGCAAGCUCCAGGUCGAGGUUCCCGACCAAGGCCAGUUCACGGAUCCGAGACAGCUGAUUGGUAAAUCGAUCGUGACCUCGUUCACAAACCUCGCGACCGACUACUUCCGCAAGCUCGAGGCCGAGGAGACGAACGGCGUUGGCGCGGACGAGCAAACGCAGUCUUCAAAGCCGCUCAAGACCACAAUCAAGUACGUCGGCGGCUCGGUCGAAGCUUCAUGCGCGCUUGGGAUUGCCGACGCUGUCGUCGAUCUGGUGGAGUCCGGAGAGACCAUGCGCGCGGCUGGUCUGAAAGCCAUCGCGACCAUCUUCGAGACAUCCGCCGUGCUCAUCGCAAGCCAGCACCCGACGCACAAAGAUCUUCUCGAGCUCAUCGUCAACAGAAUCAAGGGUGUUAUCGCUGCUGGAAAGUACGUCCUUUGCAACUACAACUGCCCACGCUCAAAGCUCGACUCUGUUCUCAAGAUCACACCCGGCCGACGAGCACCUACUAUCUCACCUCUGGAGGAAGACGAUUGGGUCGCGGUCAGCAGUAUGGUUGAGAAGAAGAGAAUAGCAGAGGUUAUGGAUCAGCUACGGAACAAGGGUGCCGAGGAUAUUCUUGUUUUCUCGAUCUCCAACUGCAGAGUUUAAUGUAGAUAUUUUGCGAAUUGCUGUGUAAUGAUAGAAAAUACAAUUGGUAGAUAAAUUAAAC